AGUGCGCAGGACGGGGAGCGGGAGGGAGGCCGCGGGGGGGGGGUCGCCAUUACGCGGAGCGGAGCAGGCCUCGCCUCCCGCUUGUUGCGCCGCUACCGUUUAGCGGGCCUGGGAGUCGCGGGCCUGCGAGAGCGGCGGGGCCCGGCCCGGCCCCCGCCGCCAUGGAGGAGAAGGGCUUCGCCAAGGAGCUGGAUCAGUGGAUCGAGCAGCUGAACGAGUGCCGGCAGCUGAGCGAGAGCCAGGUCCGCAGCCUCUGCGAGAAGGCUAAGGAAAUCCUCACUAAGGAAUCCAACGUGCAGGAGGUACGUUGCCCCGUCACCGUCUGUGGAGAUGUCCACGGCCAGUUCCACGACCUUAUGGAGCUCUUCAGGAUCGGUGGCAAGUCUCCAGACACGAAUUACCUGUUCAUGGGCGACUACGUGGACAGAGGCUACUACUCGGUGGAGACGGUGACCCUCCUAGUAGCAUUGAAGGUGCGUUACCCAGAGCGCAUCACCAUCCUGAGGGGCAACCACGAGAGCAGGCAGAUCACGCAGGUGUACGGCUUCUACGACGAGUGCCUGCGCAAGUACGGCAACGCCAACGUCUGGAAGUACUUCACAGAUCUCUUCGAUUACCUUCCACUCACAGCUCUAGUAGAUGGCCAGAUAUUCUGUCUCCAUGGUGGCCUCUCUCCAUCCAUAGACACACUGGAUCAUAUCAGGGCUCUGGACCGCCUGCAAGAAGUUCCACACGAGGGUCCCAUGUGUGAUCUGUUGUGGUCGGACCCGGACGAUCGCGGCGGCUGGGGGAUAUCUCCACGUGGUGCUGGCUACACCUUUGGGCAAGACAUUUCUGAAACAUUUAACCAUGCCAAUGGUCUCACACUGGUCUCCCGUGCUCACCAACUUGUCAUGGAGGGUUAUAACUGGUGCCACGACCGAAACGUGGUGACCAUCUUCAGCGCGCCCAAUUACUGUUACCGCUGUGGGAACCAGGCUGCUAUCAUGGAACUAGAUGACACUUUAAAAUAUUCCUUCCUCCAGUUCGACCCAGCACCUCGUCGUGGAGAGCCCCAUGUUACCCGUCGCACCCCAGACUACUUCCUAUAAACCUCUCCUGACCUUAGCAGAAGGAAGGACAGCCUGGCAUCUGAAAAGAGCAACAAUCUGAACACCUUUCUGUGAGAAAUCAGGGUUCGUCUCAGCUGCAGAAGCCCCAUCAUGGACCAAAAUGUGCCAUACCGAGGACGAAGAGCGCUCAGCACAACUUGAGACUGAAUUCCUUCCACCACUCUCUUUCUCUCUCUGUCUCUCUGCCCUAUCCCAUCAGCCCAACACAGUCGGUUUGCCUGCUGUAUUCGUAGUCGUUGGGUUUGGGUUUGGUUGGUUUGGUUUUGGUUGGUUUCUGGGUUGUUUUUUCGGUUUGUUUUGUUUUCUUCUGGACUGCUCAGAGAGGAUGAGGU